AAAAAGUUCUUGGAUCCAGAUGAUGAUUUUAAUGUUGAAAAAGAAAUAGAGAAGCUAGAAGAAGAAGAGAAAGAGAUUGAGGAACAAGUUAAGUUUGAACAUAGUUACAAUUGCCGGUUUGAAAACCCAGAGGAAGAAUUUUUGCAAAAAUACCCAAACACUAUGAAAAAGGCUACAGGGAAGAGGGAUAAUGACACAGAUGGUAAUGAUUCUAGUUUGAAUAACUCGCAAACAGUUAAGACACCAAAAAAGAUGAAGAAAUUGAAAGAAAAUGUAGGUGAUAGAGAACCAGUGGAAGUUGAUGAAAUAGAAAUAAAUAAUAAACUGACCAAAGUAGUUAGUAAUAAGAAAGUCAGUCCUAAGAAACGGAAAAUAUUGGAAGACAGUACAGAAUUGGAAGAUCCUGCUGAUGUAGAUUCAUUGAAGAAGGUUAAGGAGGUUAUCAACAAGGAAAAUCGUAAGUCUCCUAAGGGCAAAAAAAUAUUCAAGGAAGAUUUAAAUGAACAGUCUCCUAAGAAAAAAAAAUUAGAUCAGAAAGAAGAAAAUGAAAAACCUACACCACAGAAAGAAGAAAAGCAGGUCAAGCGCAAACGAAGAUCAAGACCUAGAAAGAGAAACUCAUUAGGUACAGAUACUCCGCAAAAACCUGAGAAAACUGAUGAAAACAAUGAAGUCAGUUUGUCUAAUAACAAAGAAAACCCAUCUGUCAAGGAACAACUUUCGUCUAGUUCAUUGGAACAAAAUGUAAAGGAAAAAUUGACACACCGAAAUAGGAGACGAAGUAAAAAGUUGAAAAAUAUAAAAAAGAUACUUGCUGAGGAACCUGGAAUAUUAGAGGUAAAGAAAGGAAGUAAAAUAAGAAAAUUAAGACAUAAACAACUAUUAAAAUUAUUAGAGCUUCAAAAGCAACAGACUGAAACAGUAAAAAUGAAGGCUAAAGACUCCAAAAGUGACGUUUUAGAGGAACCUGUGACAGACGAAAAAGAAAGAAAGAAAAUAUUACAACAACAGCUAAUGUUAAAAAUAAAAGAGCUCCAAAACAUACAGUCUCAAAUUGAAAAUCUGAAGACCAAAAAUCCUCCCAAAAAAUAUGUAAAGAACAUACUGCAGCAGCCAUCUAAUUUCAAAUUGACUUCAGUUAAGAGGAGAAAGAAGAGGUUGCGAAGACAAAAAUCAGCUGCAUGAAAAAAUGGAACUAAUGAUAUCAAACAAGUAUAGAGCAGGUGUUUUAUUACUAUAAAAAUCUAUUGUUUUUAAGGGAAUAGUAAUUCUAAACUCAGGAAUGGGCACAUUUUCUUUACUAACUGUUUUUAUUAGUAUAAAAAUGUAUUAAAUAUUUUAAUUUGUUACAUUGUUUUUUUAAGUUUUUUAUUAGUAAGAAUAACAGGAUCAUUACACAUUUUCAUAUUAUGUGUUACCAAUUUUUAGAAUUGGUAGAUCUCAAAUGAAAUGAGUAACAACAGAUCUGCAAUAUUAAUGUGCUAUAAUGAUAUUGCAUUUACAUAAAAUACACAGCAUAAUUAGAUUAAUAUACUUAACAACAGCUGUAGUUGAAAGAAACUUAUAAGACCAUGAACGUUUAUAUUUAAAAUGAAAAUUCCCGUUAAAUUACUGUUUAAAUUACCUUUUACUAAAAAAGGUUCUCUGGUUACUUCACCUGGCAGAUUGAAACAUGUCCAUGUUACAACUGUUAGUUAAUCAUAUUCAGUCUCCACUCAUAGGAGUAUACAUUAGAUUUUUUAUUUUUUAGACAAUCCUUAAUUUAAAAAACUAAAUUCUCAAAAGUAAGCAAAAAAAUUAGAUUUUACUGAUUUACAAUUUGUCUUGCGGUCAAAUGCUCUUAAUAUGAUAUAGACUUAAAAAAUUAAUAAUGUUACAUUUCAGUACAUUUUAUAAAUUUUGUAGUAGAUCCUACAAAAGUUACAAGAGUUGUACAAGUGUCUCAUGCAGAAAAUAACUAUGAAUUAUUUUGUUUAGUUUAUUUGUGAAAAAUGUUUAUCCAAUUGUAUGCUAUAACACAAUGAGGAAAAAGUGCUACCACUGUUUUAUAGAAAUAAAAUAUUUUUACAAGAA